CCUAAAAUAAUCUCUCGCUCGCCAUCGCCAUGGCGGCAGUGGAGGAUCGUGUCGAGGCGGAGAUUGUCGAGGAGAAUUCUGCGAAUGGAGCUGAGGGAUUGAUUGCCAAGGGCGUGGCGCCUGUGAAGAAGGAAUUUCUGGUCUCGGCACAGGUGCGUUCUACCAUUUCGGACAAGGACGCCGCCAAGAUUUCCAGCGAGAAGAAGUCCAAGCGGAAGAUAAGAAAAGAGCGAAAGCAGGCUAGAAAGCUCGAGGUGUGCAAUGCCGUGGUUAGAGCUGGUGAUCCAAAUGCCUGUCCAUUUGGGGAGAACUGUAGGUUUAGCCACGACUUGGAAGGCUACUUGGCACAGAAACCGGAAGAUCUUCCUGGAGUUUGCCCGUCAGUGAACUUGAAUGUGCCUUGUCCUUAUGGAGUAAGGUGUCGAUUCUACGGAACUCACACAAAACAAGAUCUGCCGAAGGAAAACCCCGAGGGUGCUAUGGAUGGAGACGAGGAAACAUCGGGCGCUGGCGAGAUCAAUGUUCUUCGAAAGGAUUUUCAGAAGUCACUCUGGAAGAAACUUGAGAGCUUUCCUAAAGCUGAUGGCCAGCUACAAGCGAUGGGUCUCAAAAACAAGGUUUAUGGACCUAAGAAGGGUGCUACAACGGAAGGAGAAAAUGGUGGAGCUGAAACGCAUGACGAGAACAAUGACGUAUCGGAUGACGCAGUUCCGCCUUUGAAGAAACCAAAGCUUGUGGAUCCUGUGGAUGAUGCUAAAGAACAAGGAGAUGACUGCAAGCUAAACAGCAGGGAGAAGAAGAAAAUCGACUUGAAAGGCAAGCUUUAUCUUGCGCCUCUGACGACAGUCGGGAAUCUUCCGUUUCGGAGGCUGUGUAAGAAGCUCGGGGCCGACGUUACCUGUGGAGAGAUGGCGAUGUGUACAAACCUUCUUCAGGGCCACGCAUCCGAGUGGGCUCUUUUGAGGCGCCACCCUGUUGAAGACUGUUUUGGCGUCCAGAUUUGUGGCUCUUAUGCUGAUUCUCUGACGAAGACGGUCGAGCUGAUCGAAAGAGAAUGCACUGUUGACUUCAUCGACAUAAACCUUGGCUGUCCCAUAGAUAUCGUCGUCAAGAAAGGAGCUGGGUCCUGCCUUCUCACAAAGCCGACCAGGCUGGAGCAGAUUGUGAGAGCUACUGCGUCGAUCGUGGAAAAGCCUUUGACACUCAAGAUGCGUACAGGCUAUUUCGAGGGAAAGAAUUGUGCUCACUCGAUGAUCUCUGAGUUGAGCAACUGGGGGGUCUCGGCAGUCACGGUUCACGGGAGAACUCGACAGCAGCGUUACAGCAAGCUCGCGGACUGGGUGUAUAUCUACGACUGUGCAAAGCGUGCCCCUGAUGACUUGCAAGUUCUCGGCAAUGGCGACAUUUUCUCGUAUAGCGACUGGAACGAGCACAUGUUACCCGACUUAAACCUCUCGUCGUGUAUGCUUGCGAGAGGAGCGCUGAUCAAGCCGUGGCUUUUGACGGAGAUUAAGGAACAAAGGCACUGGGAUAUCAGUUCCAACGAAAGGCUCGAUCUGUUGCGUGAUUAUACGCAAUUUGGAUUGGAACACUGGGGCUCUGACUCCAAAGGCGUGGAAACGACUCGAAAGUUUCUUUUGGAGUGGCUGAGCUACUUACACAGAUACAUACCGGUGGGACUCCUGGAAGUUAUCCCACAAAGGCUAAACUGGCGACCUCCGCGCUACGUUGGUCGAAACGAUCUCGAGACGCUCAUGGCAUCGGACAGUGCUGCAGACUGGGUCCGCAUUAGCGAGAUGCUCCUUGGUCCCGCUCCAGAGGGAUUCGUCUUCACUCCCAAGCACAAGUCGAGUGCUUACGACAAGGCCGAGAAUGGUUAAGCCGAUCUCGCUGAAUUUUUUUUGACGAGACAAAAAGAUACCUUUUUGUUCUUGCGAGUUAGGAGGAACUUCAAACUGCUGAGAAACUUUUUCGUUCUUUCUUGCGAAGAGCUAGGAGGAACUUAAGAGGUAAAACUUCCGUUUAGAACGCUUGCAAUACACAAAAACAAAAGGGGUGAAUUCUUCUUCCUUGCA